AUGAUAGCAACUGGUGGAGUAAUAACAGGGCUGGCAGCCUUAAAGAGGCAAGACUCUGCCAGAUCUCAGCAUCAACUAAAUCUUGCCACAUCACCAACUUCUGAAGAGAAAAAGCCAGUCAGACGCCGGCCCAGGGCUGAUGUAGUAAUUGUCAGGGGCAAAAUCCGACUUUACUCCCCGUCAGGAUUCUUUCUUGUUUUGGGAGUGCUCAUCUCAUUCAUGGGAAUUGCAAUGGCUAUCCUUGGAUACUGGCCACAAAAGGAACAAUUUUUAAGUCCUGAAGCUAGUCUAGCCUUAAAUGAAACCCAGGUCAUAACAAACCAAGGUGGAGUUAUAUUUCGUUUCUUUGAACAACAUUUACACUCAGAUAAGAUGAAAAUGUUGGGCCCCUUUACUAUGGGCAUUGGAAUCUUUAUUUUUAUUUGUGCAAAUGCCAUCCUACAUGAAAAUCGUGACAAGGAAACAAAAAUCAUACAUAUGAGAGACCUAUAUUCCACUGUAAUAGACAUGCACAGUCUGAGAAUCAAGGAACAAAAGCAGUUGAAUGGCGCUUAUACUGGUUUAUUGGGGGAAAGUGAAUUCAAGCAUAGUGGGAACUCAUGUGCAUCGCGGUUGGCUGCAAACACAAUUGCACCUUUCUCUGGCUUCAGGAGUAACUUUCGAAUGGAUAGUUCGGCUGAAGAAGAUGAAGUUGCCAUAAAUGAAGACAAGAACACUUCUAACCUUCUACCACCUUUGCUGACUGAGCAUUCUGGCUCUGUCUUUGGACUCUACCCUCACACUAGCAAAUCAAUGGAUGACAAAAAUAGUAGCUCUAUAAAGUGUGAAACAAAGUCAAUUGUAUCAUCCUCCAUUAGUGCUUUCACACUGCCUGUAAUUAAACUAAAUAACUGUGUUAUUGAUGAACCUAGUAUAGACAAUAUCACUGAGGAUUCUGAGAUCACUAGAAGCCAGUCUAGAAAUUUGUCAAUGGACUCUCUAGCCAUUCCAUUAACUGAUACCAAUGAAUCCUACAAACCUGCCAGUGCAAUGCUACCCCGAAAUAAUUCAUUUGUAGAAUCUCCAUCCAGUCAGUUCAAAUCUUCUAUGACUCUUGGACCAAGCACUGGAAAACUUUUAUCACCUGGUGCUGCCAGAAAACAAUUUGGGUCCAACGCAUCUUUGCAUCUUCUGUCUGCACAUUCAAAAUCCUUGGAUUUAGAGAGGGGUCCGUCUACACUCACUGUCCAAGCUGAACAAAGAAAACACCCCAGCUGGCCCAGAUUGGAUCGAAGCAACAGUAAAGGAUACAUGAAACUAGAAAACAAAGAGGACCCAAUGGAUAGGUUACUUGUACCACAAGCCACAGUUAAAAAGGACUUUACUAAUAAGGAAAAGCUUCUUAUGAUAUCAAGAUCUCAUAAUAAUUUGAGUUUUGAACAUGAUGAGUUUUUGAGUAACAACCUAAAGCGGGGAACUUCAGAAACAAGAUUUUAA